AUGAAUGAACCGAACGCAAACGCAAGGGCCGGUGCCUCCCAUGGCUCUCAGCUGACAUCAGCCUCACGAGCUAGAGCCCGAAGCAAUCCAGCUGAGGAUUCGAAGUGUUUGAAAGCCUUCAACACUGAAAUCAACUACGCUCCUCAGAAAAACAGAAACGAUGCCUGUGCAGAAGGCACUGGCCAGUGGUUCUUCCGCCACCCGGUGUAUGAAGCCUUUCAACGGUCCAAACAACCGCACCUGCUGCUCGUCACCGCAGAGGCAGGAGGCGGGAAAUCGACCAUCAUGCGAACGCUCAUUGAUACCCUUCAAACGACCGAUGAGCAACCAAUUAUGUCAUAUUUCUUCUUCAAGGAUGACGAUGACAGUCUACGGGGUUACGAUGAUGCCCUCAGCACGGUGGUUUAUGAAUUGCUGUCGCAGGAUCACACACUCGUGCAAUAUGCUCGGGGGCCACAUAAAGAGCACGGCGACGCGGUUAAGCACCAAACCAAGAUCAUGUGGCAAAUCAUUGCAAGAAUAGCCGCUGAAGCGAAACGCGACGUUUACUGCAUUUUUGACGCAGUCGAUGAGUGCGCUGGAGAAGGCCGAGAGCGAUUGUUGACCGACCUAGCAAUUGUAUUUGGCAAUUCCCUUCAAACCCCUCCUCGAUUGAAGGUGGUCAUAUCUUCUCGUCCGUGGGAUGAAGGAAACCAUCUGCUCACUGAAAUAUUGGGUUCUCCAAGGACCAGUCAUCUAGUGGGCGAGAAUGCCACGGUUCAGUCUGACAUUCGCAGUGUCAUUCGACUUAAAGUCAAAGAAAUAGCCAAGGAAAAGCAACUCGACAAAAACACUGAAGCUUUGCUUUUGGAAAGGCUUAUCAGCAAAAAUGUGCGGACAAGGUCAUUCUUGGCUAUUCGAAUGGCGUUUGAGAUGUUGCGCUCAGAUGUGAGGACAAACCGAGAGGCGACAGAGGAGCUCAUUGAUGAAAUUCUUGCCGGGGUCCCCCAACAACUUGGGGACCAGUUCAACAAGAUGUUGAAUCACAGCCCAGACAAGGAACACGCUUGGAGACUUCUCUGCGUUAUCCUCGCAGUGCGAAGAACAAUCAAGAUUCCAGAGUUCAAGGUCAUUUAUGCUCUCACACAGAGAUCAUGUAGCAAACUUGGUUUGGCGAACUCAUAUGACGAGCUCGAUCUAACAUUCGAUGAUGAGGAAUUCAAGGUCAUGGUACGGGCUCGAUGUGGCCUGUUCAUUACUUUUGGCAAGAACUCGGUCUACUUGUUUCACCAGACAGCUCGGGAGUUCUUGAUGACUACAGAAGACAUGGCCGUGCCUUCACCCUUUGAUGGGUUGGCGCAAAAUCCAGGCAGCCUUGGCGCGAACGAAGUAGCUUCGUGGAAAGGCUGCAUUACCAAGGAAGAUGCCAAUCUGGUCUGCGCCACUGUCUGUCUAGACAUCCUUAAUAUGGACAUAACCCGACAACGAAUACUGGAAAUAUUCGACAGCCUUAAUGCCGGAAAUGGGAUGUUUCAGGACAUACAAGACUUUGUUUCGCCACGCCCGUUCUUUAUGUACGCAGCGCUCAACUGGCAUGAACACAUCAUCCUUGGCGGUGAUGGCGCUUCAAAGUCUCUUCUUGACGAUCAAUAUUCUGCAAUUCUGGAUAUUGGCAAGCCCGAAUUCUGGGCUUGGUUCCUUCCCCUCGAUGAGUACAUCAACACUAGCACUGUGCAUCCAAAAGCAGUAGUCUCUAGUGUCUGGGCACCAGACGAGAAGGCUCGUCGGUACAGCGCCCAAUAUGGAACCUUUCUGAGAGAAAGCUGUCUGCAGAAGCUCUUUCCAAUGGGUAGCAAGGUCCAUGCUCUGUUCAAAGAUGUAAACCCAGUGCCAAAACAGCAAACCGAAGGUCCUUGCUGGGAGGCCGAAGGCGGUUACGAACUUGUCGAUGCGUUCCACAUGGCCUUUGGGGAAUAUGAAAUGAUAAGUGCGAAUCAAGCAGUCCGGGCAUUGGAGCAAGAGGAAACGGAUCGAGGCUCAGUGCUCUCAGCAGACGUUCCGAUUCCGACAAUGAUCUGGACAUGUAUCACAGAUAUUUCGCCAAACGCUUUUCGCACGACGUUGGCUUCCAUGAAGGAUCUGGAUUGGCUGCGCGACGUACCAGAACACAUCUUAUACCGCCGAUAUAGAUGGAGCGGAUGGUGCUCCCGGACUGGGAAGGAAUUGAGAGAGAACCGUCAAAAAGGUUGGUCAAAACCUUGGCCCCCUUCUACCCCGACGAUAUAUGUUGCGGGUCAGAAAACAUCACCGACAAGCACCGACCUGUUUGGUGUGCUGGCGGACUGGAUAGAGUCUUCAGAAAACGCCUCGGCCUUUGCGCAGGAGCUGUGGGAAGCAGGGGGGUUCUUGGUCCCCUGUUUGUGCAGCAGGCUCAUCCACGCCGGAGCAGACGUUGACUGUAAGUUGUGGAAUGGCAGCAAGACCGCCUUGCAGAUUGCAGCUACACUUUGGGAGCACGACUUGAUUCAAACACUUCUCGACUUGGGAGCAGACCCCACCCUAUGGUCUUCUAAUGGAUACAGUGCUUUGCAUUGUCUACUUCAUCCCGACGAAUCUGCCAAGGAGCUCAAUGGGGCACUCAGAGAAACCCAGAAGCGCCCGCCGCGCCGUCAGAAAUCUCAAAUUACUACAUCGGUGAAAUCUUUGGCAAGAUCAGCCUCCACCGAGACAUCAGCAAUUGACGCACUCUGCGGGGCUGGAAAGACGCCGCUGAUGCUUGCUGUAAGGGAAUCCCCAACAGCGACAAGGGUCCUUUUAGAUGAAGGUGCGGACCCGGACAAGCGAGAUGGCACCGGCCGAACUGCUCUCAUGCACUAUUUCCUGUCCGGCUUCAACGGCCGUCCAAACUCAACCUCGAAUUACCUCCUGCAAGCAGGAUCGGACAGUCUUGCGGCCGACUCUCGUGGAAGAACGGUACUCGGCUACUGGGCACGACGCGUUACCAACAAACAACUUGCUGAUCUUUACCCCGGUACCAACUCAUACAACAAGGCUUUUCAUGCAUUGGCCACCUUCGGCUCACUCUCUGAGCGAGAAGCCAUGGUACGGGAGCUAGCCAAGGAAGAAGUGCCGCUGGUGGUAGCGUCAAGACUUGGGAAUGCUCAGUUAUGCUGGGCCCUGUUGGAGGUAGGCGCGAAUCCCGACAAGCACGGAGUCUCUAUGACAAGUCCACUGGGUACAAACAGCGGGAGCGUUUCUUGGGAAUUGGAGGACCUGGCUUGGAAUCCCGUUUUAAUCGCGUUAUGGACCAAAGCAUACGUGACCACCGCAAUCCUUCUGGCAUACGGAGCGGACAUCAAGUUCCAAGUUCCAACCCGUCGGCGGACCAAAUGGAACAAGCACAGAGUUCAAAAGGCAGGUAUCACGCCGCUCCAUCUGGUGAUUGGUGGCAAUGACCGCUAUACUUGGAUGAGUAACAGCCAGUUGGCGCUCACCAGUGGCGGACGGUCUGAAGGGUGUGCGUUUGGUGCAGCAACAAACCCAGAUUACCCAGUCACACACCGAUCAGCCAUGGAAUUUUUGGCCAAGCAUCAAAUGAAUCACUGGGCGAAACAUCGUGCAAGAGAAAAUGCUGAAGCGAGUUCAGAUUCUGAAUAUGAGAUCAAACGAGGUGCGGCGUCAAACGACAGCAAGAAAGCCGAGAUGGUCCCAUUUGACACUCUCUUUGGCGCGGAAUUCCUGCCCAAACCUCACAAUGCUGCACUCGAUCCAAUUCUUGAGGUAAUUAUCAGCAAGAGUCAGACAGCCAACGAGCGUCAGACAGCAUUGGCAGAGUACAUGCUGCAGAAUGGCGCCGCUGUAAAUGCCACAACUCAGGAAGGCAUCACUCCCUUGUUCAUCGCCGUCAGCCAAGGUAAACUGGAUUUCGUGAACCUUCUGCUCCAGCACGGCGCCGAUCCAAACCUUGCAAGCAAAGGAGGUUGCAGGCCCUUGCUGAUAGCAGCACGGAACGGUCAUCAACCUAUUACCGAAGCUCUUCUUACCUCAGGGGCCGAUCCGAACGCACAGCUCGACAAUCUCCCACCAGCAGAGUGUACUUGCGUCUCUUUCGUCAAGUGGAAACGCUUUUCCCAUGAUGCCUGUUAUGCACCGCUUAACUCUCUAGCGAUGGCGGCGGAGCGUGCGCAUAUCGAUGUCGUGGAGACUUUGCUGGCACACGGGGCGGAUGUGAAUUUGCCUAUCGUGCAUCAUGCACACGGCAGAAUGCCAACUAAACGCGAGCGGAAGCGCCGUGAGCUGGAUCAUACGCCAGAUUCUUCGGAUGCCGAGUCGGACCUGGACACGGAAUGUUGGGAAGGGCGCAUUGGCGUCGGAACCGCUCUGACAUGGGCUCGAGGGGAGGUGCGAGAUCUACUUUUGCGACAUGGCGCGGAUCCCGCCGUAGAGAAGGCGCCACGGCGAUGCGAAUGUCCGACCAUUGAGAAGCGAAAGGAGAGAAGCAUUAUCGGCCGAGACUCUGAUGACAACUACCCCACGGACGAAGAGAGCGCCUCUGAUACAGAUUUGCCAUGGCGAAGACGCCGGUCUUUGAUUAGGAACGCCAGCAAUGAUGAUAGUUCUUAG